AUGCCUGUAUACAGGCUGAAUGAUUUGCAAGAUGAAGAAAUUAAAGGAACAUUUUAUGAGAGUGAAAUGCAGAAAGUGAACUACGAUCCAGAUCACAGCUUUAAAAUUAACAGAAUUAUAAAGACAAGAGGAAAAGGACAAAAUAAGCAAUAUUUUGUACAAUGGAAAUAUUAUCCGAAGAAGUUCAAUAGCUGGGUGAAAGCUAAUGAUCUGCAGCGUAGAGGACUUGCGCUCGAUACGCGGAAUGCGACAAAUUUUGGGGACCUCAAAGAAAGUGAAACAGGACAGAAGAUGCACAAAAGUAUCCAUAAAAAUGUAGCAGAUUCUUCAGAUAUUAGCACAGUAAAAUACUUUAAUGCUGUCACAUGUGAAUAUGCAAAAUACUAUAAACCACAACCAUAA